AUGGCAAAGACAUUACAUUCAGAAAUUUACAAGAGAUGCAUCAGCACUGCAAAGAAAGAUGCGGUUAAGCAAACAACCGCUACUGUUGGGGCUUCAGUUACUGUUAACCAAGUUGGAAGCCGUCCACCAAGCACAACAGCACCAGUUACCAUAUUCCACCAGCAUCAAGAAUGUCGAAAAGCCAUCAAAGAGUCAGAUACUAGACUGCCUCCAUCAAGCCAAUGUGAUCUUGUGCCAGACAACCAGAUGAUGCAGCCCCCACAACAGCUUGAAGGAGAGGUGAGGAGGAUCCAUCCAAAGGGUGACCUUCAGCUGCUGCUGCCAAGGGAGAGGGAGGGGCGACCUCCUGCUGCCAUCACAACAGAUCAAGGAGAAGUGAAUGAGGAGCCAUACGCUAACCAAUCAUGGCAGCCCCUAUCCCCUAUCAUGCUGGAUCGGCUCCUUGCAUGA